AUGGCUCUUCAGUAUAUUUUCUUCUUUAUUGUGUUAUUGCUUUCUCUUUUCUAUCCUUGUCGAGCCACCAUAGAUAACCAGUUUCAGUUCUUCACGGUCAUGAAAAACUCUCUCUCAGGUAACUCCUUGACUAAUUGGGAUGUUAGUGGAGCAAAACAUUUCUGCAACUACACAGGAAUUGGCUGCAAUGAUCAAAGGUACGUUGUGAAGAUUGACGUAUCUGGGUGGUCACUAUCUGGCAGUUUCCCUGACGAUGUAUGUGCUUACUUGCCUGAGCUGCAAAUUCUUCGUCUCAGCCACAACCUCCUCCGUGGUAACUUUCCUCAGACCAUCACCAACUGCUCUCUGUUGGAAGAGCUGAACAUGAGCUCUACAUAUCUUACAGGAACACUGCCAGACUUAUCGCCAAUGAAGUCCCUCAGAUUACUUGACCUGUCAUACAACCUCUUUUCAGGUGACUUCCCUAUAUCAACCACAAACCUCACCAAUCUUGAGGCGGUGAACUUCAAUGAAAAUAGUGGUUUUAACCUAUGGCAACUGCCAGAGAACUUUUCCAGGCUGACGAAGCUGAAGUCCAUGGUCUUGACUACAUGCAUGGUGAGUGGUCCAAUCCCAGCAUCGAUAGGAAACAUGUCAUCGCUUGUUGAUCUUGAAUUGAGUGGGAAUUUUCUAGUGGGCAAGAUUCCAGUAGAGCUUGGGCAGCUGAAGAACUUGCAGCAGCUUGAGCUUUACUAUAACCAACUUGAUGGAGAAAUACCUGAGGAGCUUGGAAAUCUAACUGAACUCAGAGAUUUGGACAUGUCUGUGAACAAGUUGAUAGGCAAAUUGCCGGAAUCUAUUUGCCGCCUUCCAAAACUCGAAGUCUUGCAGCUUUACAACAACAGUCUCCAAGGAAAAAUUCCGGAUGUCAUUGAUAACUCAACAACAUUGACCUUGUUAUCCCUUUAUGACAACUUUUUGACAGGCAAAGUUCCACGAGAUCUAGGGAUAUCAUCACCUCUGACUCUUUUGGACUUGUCAGAAAAUCAUCUGUCUGGAGAACUACCGGCAGCAGUGUGCAACGGAGGUAAACUGUUAUAUUUCCUUGUCCUUCAAAAUACAUUUUCUGGCGUACUACCUGAAAGUUAUGCAAAGUGUGAGUCUCUUAUCCGGUUUCGAGUUGAUCAUAACCACUUGGAGGGAGUGAUACCAGGAGGGCUUCUAGCUCUUCCUCGUGUUUCAAUUAUUGAUUUGGGUUACAAUCGCUUGAAUGGUCCAAUUACCAAUAUCAUUGGAAAUGCUAAGAACUUGUCGGAACUAUUCAUACAGAGCAACAGGAUUUCAGGUGUUCUACCUUCUGAAAUCUCUCAAGCUAUCAAUCUGGUAAAGCUUGAUCUCAGUAACAAUCUCCUGUCCGGCCCAAUCCCUUCUGAAAUCAGCAACCUAAAAAAGCUCAAUUUGUUGCUAUUGCAAGGUAACAAGUUCAAUUCCUCCAUCCCCAAGUCACUUUCUUCACUAGAAUCUCUCAACGUUCUUGACCUCUCUAACAAUCAAUUGAUGGGAAGUGUCCCAGAAAGUCUUGGGGAACUGCUACCAAACUCCAUGAACUUUUCAAACAAUCUGCUUUCUGGUCCCAUCCCUCUCCCAUUUAUCAAGGGGGGAUUAUUAGAAAGCUUUUCAGGCAAUCCAGGUGUUUGUGUUCCUGCCUAUCUCAAGUCUUCAGAUCCCAAUAUCCCCAUAUGUUCACAACCUUACAACCGUAAGAAGAUAAACUGCAUCUGGGUGAUAGGAAUUUCGGUAGCGAUCGUUAUUGUUGGAGUCAUCUUAUUUCUAAAGCACUGGUUUAGUAAAGAAAAAGCUGGAUGGAACAUGAGGAGACCAUGUUUUCUUCCUUUUUCUCAUAUGAUGUCAAAACCUUCCAUCGUUUAA